AGUACUCGUGCUCCAACAAGUUUUUCAAUUCUCACAUAAUAUUGUAAUAACAACCAACAAGCGUAAUCAUAAAAGGAGUUCAAUUAUCACUGAACUCAUUUAUUCAUAUAUUUUUAUAUAUAACUCUAUAGUUCCACUCAUGAAUGCAGCAUACUAAAGCAUGGUACGUCUUAUACGCAUUUGAAACCCUUUGGAGCCCUGCGUCCACACAGCUUGAGAAGAGUAUAUAUAGCAAGGUCGGCAUUGUUGAUACGACGAACAAUGAGUUUAGAUGCUGUGCAAAGACAUGUAGCAGUUUGGGAAUUAGUCAGCCCUCUAAGGCAGUUGCAGCAAGGCCUUAUGGGAAUACUGUGAUCAAUCUGCAAUAUUGAACCGAUCUUCUUGACUGCAAGAGCACAUACACCUAACUCUAGUCUGUCCCUUGGGCAUGUUCCACCGUUGUUAUUAGAAGGUGAGGUAGAGGGUUGGCCACCACUGCUAACAUCACUUUGAGGUGACAAAGGGGGUUGGCCAAUGCCUGGAGAUGGAACCGGAGGUGAGUCACUGCCUGGAGGUGGCACGGGAGGUUGACUAUUGCCUGGAGGUGGAACAGGAGGUUGGAUAUUGCCCGGAGGUGGGACGGGGGAUUGGCCACUGCCCGGAGGUGGGACCGGGGGUUGACCAUUGCCUGGAGGUGAGACUGGGGGUUGACCAUUGCUUGGAGGUGGGACUGGGGGUUGACUACUGCCUGGAGUUGGGAUCAGGGGUCGGCCACUGCUCGGAGAUGGGACGGGUGGUUGGUCACUGCCCGGAGGUGGGACGGGAGGUUGGCCGUUGCCUGGAGUUGGGACCGGGGGUCGGCCACUGCCCGGAGGUGUGACGGGUGGUUGGUCAUUGCCUGAAGGUGUGAUGGGAGGUUGGCCAUUGCUUGGUGGUGGGACAGGGGGUUGACC